AUGCAGAAGACUACCGGAAGAUACUGGGUGAACUGCAAGAGAUGCCGGGACGAGCACACAGCGGCAAGGCGAAAGCGCCGAGCACAAGAAGCCUUUGACGAUGAAUUCAUCGACUAUGACUAUUUCGAUUACGUCGAAGGCAGAUAUAGAGAACUUUCGCAAGAGACUGAGUACCGCUACCCGAGCACGGCGCAGUUCGCCGGCUCCAGACCCCAACUUGAGCCUGAGACGCGCGUUGUUCAGCAUCCGAGCGCGGCCAUUAAGAAAGAACCUAGACUGGGUAACGAGACACACGUAACUGUUAAGAAAGAGAGGGAGAAAGAUGUCAGUGGCCCGGACGUUGCUCAAGAAGAGUGGUACGAUGCCUUGGAGGAGCCGAAGCUCAGCUUACGUGAGUGUUCGGUAUGCGGAGAUUCCUCGCCUGUUCAAGACUAUCCAAGCUUAAUGGCCUGUGAGCACAUCCCCGAUGUCUGUCAAGAGUGUUUCAUCCAGUGGCUGGAUCAGCAGAUGCAAGGAUCGGAACGAGCGUCCUGUCCGUCCAGUGGAUGCACCAACGCCAUCACCCACGACGACGUGCAGAGAUACGCUUCUCGAGAGAUGUAUACGCGGUUCGACGAGCUCUCUAUGCGACGUCUUCUCGGUGAGGAACCUGGCUUCAUGUAUUGUCUGGCCAAAGGAUGCACUUCUGGCCAGAUCCACGACACCGGUGUUGAAGGUCCAAUCUUUCGUUGCGCCGCCUGCGACUUCCGAAUGUGCACGGCUCAUCCGACACCAGUACCCUUCCACGAACAUGAGUCUUGUGCGCAGUAUAUCAAGCGCAUCGAAGAUGAAGCUUCGAAUACAAGGAAGAAACGUGAGGAUGACGCCAGCGCUGCCGAAGUCGGCAUAAGCGAUGCAGGUUCCAAUUCUGCUACAUCUGUCGCGCACCUUAUCAAGGUGCUCAAGGCAUCAACAUCAUUGGGAACACAGCGCAUCAGCGUCACUGCCGUUAUCAUUCAUCUAGGCUCCCUGGCUACGCUAGAAAUCGCUGAUCGAGUUUCGGAACGUCGUCUGGCUUUUGUAUGUGUGGAGGCUUUCAAGCUUGCACGCAAGAGAUCCAAGCCUGAUAGUUCAUAUGGAAUGAUGGCUGCAUGA